AUGCACCGUGGACUUAGCUUCGGUGUGCUCAUGCUCGUGGUGCUCUUGAAGCAGACGUGCCCGCUUUAUAUGGUUGAUGGGGAGAGCAAUCACAUCGUGUUAUGGGUGAAGGCUUUCAUCUCCUCCCACACCCCGGCCCGCCUCAAGGACUUUGGCAUGGACACCCCUUCUCCAACCCGUCAGGAGGAGGAUUGCCUUUCCUCCGACAACUCGGCACCCCUCAACGAUCUGAGCAUGGACGCCCCGGAUGAUGCUGUGCUGCGCCUGGCCCAGCUGGCCCACUCCUGCACCGUCGAGCGCACUGCAAGCCGGCCCAGCAUGUCAUAUGUUGCCAGUGAGCUGCUUGCGGUCAGGAAUGAAGUGGUGGGGACAGAGGUGCCAAGUGCUGCGAUCAAGGUGGACGAGCAAGCCAACGAGAUGAAGAGUGCAUCGUCUAUUGUUAAGAGUGUUUAUAUAUAA